AUGCCGCCGAGAUGGCUUCCGUCGGGUUCUUGGCUGUCCCUUACCGCUGCAGGCCGAUUCCGCUCAAAUCAAGUAGCGUCUUUCCUCGUCCCCCGGCUGCACGAUAACAGAUCUCCCAGGCGCUCCACCGGCACCUCCAGGCACGUCGCAUCAUCCUCUCGACCAUCACCACCUUGUCCCACACACAUCCGCAGCAAUAACUCACAUCCAGCCUCCACGCCUACCCCAACCAGCCCUAGCGCCGAUACGAUCUUCGCGCUGGCCACCGGCGCCGGUCGAGCCGGAGUAGCCAUCAUCCGCAUCUCCGGCCCCUCCUCCCCCCUCAUCUAUACACACCUCUGCCUCACCUCCCGCCUUACACCCUACACACGCCUGCCCCCGCCGCACAAGCUCGUACUCCGCAACAUCCACCACCCUUCCACGCACGAGCUGCUCGACGCUGGGGCCGGGGUGAUCUAUUUCCCCGCGGGGAGGAGCUACACGGGCGAAGCGUCGCUCGAGCUGCACGUGCACGGUGGUGCUGCUACUGUCGCUGCUGUACUCGAUGCACUUGGGGAGGUGCAGGGCGUGAGGAUGGCUGAGGCGGGCGAAUUCACGCGGCGUGCGUUUGAGGGGGGUCGGAUGGAUCUGGCGGAAGCGGAGGCGCUGGGGGGGUUGGUGGCGGCGGAGACGGCGGUGCAGAGGCGCGUGGCGUUGCAGGGCGCGCAGGGGCUUCAGGGGAGGAGGUUUGAGGAGAUGCGCCGCGUGCUAUUGGAUGCCAUGGCGAUGGUCGAGGCGCUGAUUGAUUUUUCGGACGAAGACGGGGUCGAGGAGGGGACGUGGCAGGCGGCCACGAGGUCAGUGGAUCAGCUGGCGACUCUUCUGCGGUCUGAACUCGGGGUAUCAUUCAGCGCAGAGCGAGCGGGAGAGCAGGUUGGGGUCAAGACACAGGUACGGCACGUCGGAGAGAUCUUGACAACAGGUAUACGACUCGCGAUCUACGGCCCUCCCAACGCAGGCAAAAGCUCGCUGCUCAAUCGACUCGCCGAUCGCAACGCCGCCAUCGUCAGCGACAUCCCCGGCACCACCCGCGACGUUCUCCAAGUCCACCUGGACCUAGCCGGCUACAAAGUCAUCGUCUACGAUACCGCCGGGAUACGCGACGUCCCCCAAACGCCGACGUCUCUGGACGAGAUUGAGAGAAUCGGCAUCCAACGCGCCAAAGACGUCGUCGCCGCAGCGGAUCUCGCGCUCCUCGUCACCCCCUCCUCCUCGACCCGCCCUUUGGACAUCCUCCGACCGGACAGCUACACCGCCGACGACCCGGAUCUGGUCUUCUACAACAAGUCUGAUCUCCUUCCCUCCCCAGCCCCUCCUCUCCCGUCCAGCCCGAAGCAGCGCACCUGGCGCGGCAGCGUCAAGACAAACACCGGCCUGCCGAGCCUCAUCACCGACCUGGCCGCGCUCAUCUCGCGCAAGUACGCACUCGACACUGCCGAGCCCGCGCUCAUCACCCAGUCCCGCCACCGCGCGCUGCUGCUGCAAUGUCUGGCGCACAUCGACGCGUUCCAGCACUCCGCCAAAGGCGGCCACGACGUCGAUCUGGUACUGGCAGCAGAGCAUUUGCGGUGCGCUGCGAAGCAGAUCGGGAGAAUCACAGGCAGAGAUGUGAGUCCGGACGAGAUUCUCGGAAGCAUCUUCUCGACGUUCUGUAUUGGUAAGUGA